CCAUGUUGUUAGCUGUAGAAGCCGCUGGGAUGGCCGAAGAACAGAAGAUUCCGGAACCUUCCGAUCCUCCGUUACCGUUUGAUCCGAGUCGAAUGGUUGGAAUCAUCAAAAGGAAGGCGUUGAUCAAAGACUUAGCUGCUGUAUACCAUGCUGAAUGCCUUGCAUACUGUCAAGAGCUUUUGGAACUUCAAACUAAAUGGGAAGAGCCAUUUAUUGACUUAAAAACUCCAGAGGAAUCAAAAAAGGAGACAGCGCGACCCUCUAAACGCGUAAAGAAGUUGCGCUAGGUUUUCAAGCCUACUCAUCUGAUAGCAGUAUGCAUUAUCACAGGAUACCUUUUGGUUGCUGUUGGUGUACCUGUUACUGCAUACACUUGAUGUGGGAUUGAUGUACUUUGCAAAUGCUACAAACAGGGCGUCAUGCGAGAUUUCAUCAAUCAGUUUCCACUUAUGAAUCAUGUACCACCGCCUCGAUAAAAUAGAGAUAUAUAAUAUGAUUAUGAUGGUUGAGUUGUAUAGAAAUACAUUUUCAAUACUGCAUCCGGCUUUAGGGUAUAAUCAGUUGCAAACAUUUGAUUUUGUAUUUCUUCUGUUUAGAAUUCAAUGAAAGAAACAUCUGACCGUUCCUAUGU